AUGACAUCCUCCUACUUCCAGGCUUUCACCUGCACAAAUGUGUAUAUUCACACUAAAGCAGAGCUGGAGGACUCUGGACUGCUGGGGAUGGGACAGCCAGCCAAGGACUGUAAAGAGAUUAAAGAAGGACGUUUUAUUCGCUGGGGAAUAAAGCUUUCGGGGAGCAGUGUUUCAGCAGAAGAUGGAGGGAACUAUGCAUGCCAAGCCCGACUGACACACACAGGGAAACACUACACUGUUUUAAACAGCAUCACUGUGCGUAUCACAGAAACAAAUGGAUAUGCAGAAAGAAUUCCUAAAAUCAUUUAUCCGAAAAACAAUCCAAUUGAAGUACAACUUGGCUCCGCCCUUACUGUGGACUGCAACAUCACAGACACAAGGGAUAACGCAAAUCUCCGAUGCUGGAGAGUCAAUAACACCUUAGUGGAUGAUUACUACAAUGAAUCCAAACGGAUCAGAGAAGGAUCUGAAUCCCACAUUCCUUUUCAGAAACAUAUUUUUUACACAGUGAACAUAACCUUCUUGGAAGUGAAAAUGGAGGAUUAUGGCCACCCUUUCAUCUGUCAUGCUGGAGUGUCAGCAGCAUACUUUAUCUUAAAACUCCCAGCUCCAGAUGUUCGAGCCUACUUGAUAGGAGGGCUUCUCGCCUUGGUAGGUGCAGCGGUGUCUGUCACGUACAUCUACAACAUUUUUAAGAUUGACAUUGUACUCUGGUAUCGGAGUGCCUGCCAUUCUCCUGGGACCAAAGAAGAUGGCAAGCUGUAUGAUGCCUAUGUCUUAUACCCCAAGCCUCAAGGAGAAAUCCAGAGCCAUGAUGUGGACACGCUGGUGUUGAAGAUCCUGCCCGAGGUGCUGGAGAGGCAGUGUGGAUAUAAGUUAUUCAUAUUUGGCAGGGAUGAGUUUCCUGGACAAGCUGUGGCCAAUGUCAUCGAUGAAAAUAUCAAGUUGUGCAGGAGACUGAUCAUCAUCUUAGUUCCCGAAUCCCUGAGCUUUGACUUGUUAAAGAACAUGUCAGAACAAAUUGCAGUCUACAACGCACUCGUCCAGGAUGGGAUGAAAGUCAUUCUGAUUGAACUGGAGAAAGUCAAGGACUACACAGCCAUGCCGGAGUCAAUUCAGUACAUCAAGCAGAAGCAUGGGGCCAUCCAGUGGAGUGGGGACAUCACCCAACAGUCACAGUGUGCAAAGACCAAGUUCUGGAAAAAAGUGAGGUAUCACAUGCCACCCAAGAGGCUUCCACCAUCUUCUGCCCAGCUGCUGAAGCACACGUCCUGACACCUCAUGGCUGGCUAGUGGGGGGCCGGUGUGGGGUUGGUUACCCAUGAUGGUGUUGGCAGCAUGGAGUGGCUCACGGUUGGACAAGGAUGCAUUGCAUUUGGGCCGACGACUUGAAGCUUGCCAUUGUGUACUUGUUGCAACAGGGCCUCUGUCUGUUGCUCGUUUUAAUCGGAGCUCCUUUAGGGGACGAUGUCACCUUUCCAAGAGGCCCUCAUUCACUUAUGGGGUCUGAGGAACCCUCCCUGAACACAAAGUAGAUAUAGCAUGUGAGCCCCUGGGGGAUGGGACAGGGAGUAUUAUAGAGUGGCAGUUGAGAUGUCAAGAAGUUUGGUGCACAGUGUGACACCCAUGGGGCCAGAUAGGGAAGCCAAGGGAUGGCAGGAGGCAAUGUGUGGUCCUAGGGAGGGUUGGCAGGGAGAACAGCACUUUUUUCAUGACCACAAUCUUAGUACACUGAUACUGGAAGUCACUUAGAGGUCAUACAAGUGUGGCCCCACUGGGAUUGCCCAUUAACUACCUUCCCAUUGGGCCCCCUUGAAAGACUUUAUCUGUCAAAUCAAAAUAAGUAACAUUUCACUUGUUUUUCCAGCUGGCCUAUGAACGCCAGGAUUCUGAGCAACAUGUGAGAGACACAGUUAGCACCUGGACAUGAUGCAGUUCUAGGCCAUGUGAAACAAAUUAAUCUUUCAGCAUCCCCUCAUCACAAGUCAAUUUAUGGCUUAGCAAACAAGGCCCAAGGAUUUUUGAUGCUAAAAAUUAGCUGUAAACUCAUUAUGACUUUCAAAGACUCUAACCUGAGGAGCUUAGAUAAGAGUCCAAGUCUCUUGUUCUGUGGUUGAUGAUAUCAAGCCCUAACAAGUGGCCUGCUGUGGUCAAAAAAAAAAAAGAAAAAAAAAAAAAAAAAAAAAA